AUGCUCGCCAACUGGGAUCCCGCGGAUCUCCCCGCGUCGCAAAAGCGUGAGGGUUCCGAUUGGUAUGCCGUGUUCAACCCCGAGGUUCAGCGUGUGCUGGAUGUUGAGUUGGUGCACCAUCUCAACCACGACAGCGUGGUCUGCUGUGUUCGCUUCAGCCGUGAUGGCAAGUACUUGGCGACGGGCUGCAACCGCUCGGCGCAGAUCUUCGAUGUGACCACUGGUCAGAAUGUGGCGACCCUGCAGGAUGAGAAUGUCGACAAGGAUGGUGACCUCUACAUCCGUAGCGUUUGCUUCAGCCCGGAUGGCAAGUACCUGGCAACCGGUGCGGAGGAUAAGCAGAUUCGGUUGUGGGAGCUUACUGUCCCGCGGGGCAUGCACCCUCACAGCGGCGUCAAGGGCGGCAAGUGCAUUCGCACUUUCGAGGGCCACAAGGACUUUGUGCUUAGCGUGUGCCUGACGCCCGAUGGCCAGUGGGUCAUGAGUGGCUCGAAGGACCGUGGGGUCCAAUUCUGGGAUCCAGUUACUGGAAAUGCGCAGAUGAUGCUGCAGGGCCACAAGAACUCUGUCAUCUCGGUGGCCCCUGCCCCGACCGGCAACCUCUUUGCAACUGGCAGUGGAGACAUGCGUGCACGGAUCUGGAGAUACUCGACGUACACAGGACGGUAAAAGGGAUCGGCUCAGCCACGGCGCAAUAUGACUUUACUUGCUUGGAUUCCUUCGUAGCCAGGUUGGGGCUUGAAUUUGACGGUGUCUUUAUGUUACUCCUGUUACCAAUUCUCUUCUUGCUUUCUCUUUUGAUAUCUUAUUUGGUUCAAAUCUCUGGUGCUUUGUUCUUGAAUAAUGCACAUGCACAGUGUCU